AUGUGCAGAACAGGCCUCCCACCCACACUUCCGCUUCUGCGGCUGAGUCUGACGGCCAAGAGUGGAAGGCCUGGCUCCACAUCGCCGCCGAGAAAGGCCAUGAAGCAGUUGUCAAGACCCCUUCUCGACCGCGACGUUGAUAUCGACGAGAGAGACAGUUGCGGGUCCACGGCUUUGCUCCUCGCGACCAAGCACAAGCACGAGGGUGUGUUGAGACUGCUGCUGGAAAAUGGAGCGGAUGUGAAUGCAAGCGAUGACUCCGGUUGGACGCCGACGCAUGAAGCGGCUGAGAAUGGCUUUGCGGCGGGCUUGAAGCUGCUGGCGCGUUAUGGGGCCAAUUUGACUCUGAAAGCGAGGAGCAGGGAGUAG